AUCCCAGAAAAUCUACUCUGUCAGCUGCUGCAGCUGCUACCAUUCUCAGGACCCUCACCAUGAAAGGCCUUCUGUUGCUCACCCUGUCUGCUCUGCUCUGCUGGGUCUCAGCUGACAUUCGCUGCCACUCCUGCUACAAGGUCCCUGUGCUGGGCUGUGUAGACCGGCAGUCCUGCCUCUUGGAACCAGGACACCAGUGCCUGACAACAAAUGUGUACCUCGGUAAGAUGUGGGUUUUCUCUAACCUGCGCUGUGGUACACCGGAAGAGCCCUGUCGGGAGGCCUUCAACCAAACCAACCACAAGCUGGGCCUGACCUAUAACACCACCUGCUGCAACAAGGACAGCUGCAACAGCCCAGCCCCCCGGCCGGCUCCGGCCCUGGCCCUGGUCUUCCUCACCUCCUUGGCUGGCCUUGGCCUCUGGUUGCUGCACUGAGACUCACUCCAUGGCUGCCCCUCCACCCACCUGCCUUAGCCUGAGCCUCUCUCCCUGAGUCUCCGUAUCCCCUGGCUUUCCAGUAUGGCCUCUCCCUAGCUCCCUUUACAUUUCCCCAGUCCCUUCACAUUUCUUUAAUUAGACUCUGGAGUGGUCUCCCUAUCCAUCCCUCCC